AAGUUUGAAGACAAAGAAUCGUGUCUUAAGGAUACCUCAUUUGGAGCACUCGUGGAUGGAUUGGUUCAGUAUUUGAGUUCUGUUGCGAUUAAAAGACAGAUAAACACUGAUAUCAUUGCCUUCAACAUUGAAAAUAAAUCUCAUGUAUUCACUGAUGAGACAAAUGUUAGGAUCAGUUUAAAACACAAGAACCAACUGGUGUUAGGCGAUAGCGUUGAGUGCGUUUUCUGGGAUUUUACACAAAACAAAUGGUCUUCAGAGGGCUGUCGUCUCAUUGAAAGCGAGUCUAACCGCGAGACAACUGUCUGUGAAUGCAAUCAUUUGACAAACUUUGCGGCACUUAUGGACACGAGUGGCAGAGAGACCGACGACGAGACCAAAAAUAUAUUAACACUAAUAUGUUGUUCCGUUUCCAGCACAUUGUGC